UGUUAUAGUUGUGAGCGAGAUGCGUCAUGAGUGUGUUCUAUUAAUUAGUACAUAAAAAACAUUGUGCUUAUUUGUACAUAGUUAAUGAGAGACUGGGUUGCAACCACACGACUGCGCGUGUUAGCGCCACCGGUGUUUAAUUUUUGUUGGACGGAAGAGAAAAAAAAUAGCUGGCUAGCUUGGUCGCCGCCGAUUUGUUUCAUAAUUGGUUUCCGCGUACAGGUCAGUUUUUCGGCCUAUUAUUAAUCACAGGAGUAGCGGUAAAGCAGCAUCUGCAUUUGUGAAUCAUCUUCAUGGCAGUCAGAAGGGGACACAUCAGAUACCUCAAAGUGUGUGAGGUACAGAGUUGUCAGGGUGACAACAGAGAGUCACAACGGCAUGGAAGUAAGGGUUCAAUUAACAUAAAGCAAGUAGUUUAUGAUAACGAUUACGACGAACACAUGGCAGAUGAGCCUAAAGAUGCCAAAACCAACCUUAUCGUCAAUUACCUGCCCCAAAACAUGAGCCAGGACGAGUUGCGGAGUCUCUUCAGCAGCAUCGGCGAGGUGGAGUCUGCCAAACUCAUCCGCGAUAAAGUGGCAGGUAAUCCCUAUCACAAAAACCAGAGCCACAGUUUAGGGUACGGAUUUGUUAACUAUGUUAACGCUAGUGAUGCAGAAAGGGCUAUCAAUACCCUCAAUGGGCUGAGACUACAGUCUAAAACUAUCAAGGUGUCCUUCGCCAGGCCGAGCUCUGACGGUAUUAAGGAUGCCAAUCUUUACAUUAGUGGGCUGCCCAAGACCAUGACCCAGAAAGACGUGGAGGAUAUGUUCACACGCUAUGGCCAGAUCAUCAACUCACGUGUCUUGGUCGAUCAGGCCUCAGGCCUGUCCAGGGGUGUGGCCUUUAUCCGCUUUGACAAACGGGCUGAGGCGGAGGAUGCCAUUAAAGACCUGAAUGGGCAGAAACCCCCUGGGGCCUCAGAGCCCAUCACAGUGAAGUUUGCUGCCAACCCCAACCAGGCCAAGAACUCCCAGGUCAUCAACCAACUCAACCACAACCAGGGUCGGCGCUUUGGGGGCCCAGUACACCACCAGGCCCAGAGAUUCAGGUUCUCUCCGAUGAGUGUAGACCACAUGAGCAGCAUGUCUACGGUCAGCGCUGAAGGGAACUCCACGGCCGGCUGGUGUAUCUUCAUUUACAACCUGGGCCAGGACGCUGACGAGGGCAUCCUGUGGCAGAUGUUCGGGCCCUUCGGAGCCGUCACCAACGUCAAGGUCAUCCGCGACUUCAACACCAAUAAGUGCAAAGGCUUCGGCUUCGUCACCAUGACCAACUACGAGGAGGCGGCCAUGGCCAUCGCCAGCCUCAACGGUUACCGGCUUGGAGACAAGAUACUGCAGGUUUCCUUCAAAACCAGCAAGGGGGGUCACAAGUAAACCAAAAAGGGUGAAGGGGUACUUGUUUUCCAUACUUACAAUAAUAGAGGAGUGGGGGGGGGGAACUAAAUGAGAUUGGAAAGGCUACACAUUUGUUCUUGCAAGGGGAUAUCUCCUUGGUUCUUGUAAUAUAAUUUCUAGGCUAACUAUCACUUAAAUCUUUCUUAGCUAGUAGAAAAGUAGUGUCUUCUUGCUGUGACAUAAAAAUAACCUACGCCAUUGUUUUUUUUGUUGCUGGGCACGGGGAGGGGUUCUGAAGUUUGCAGAAAGGUUGUUGUCCAAUUCUUGUGGCUUUUGUGUGUCUGUGUGCCACAUACAUGGUUGAUGGUGACAAUACAAAAUCCUGCCAUGUCUAAUGGUUUGAUUCCUACCUGCUUGUAAUUUCUCCAUAUUUUACGUAGCCAUUUUAUCAUGAUCAGUAGUUCUGAUCCGUGCUAGGCCUUUCUACACGUGCUAGGCCUUUCUACGCUAAGUCUUUCUACACUUAUAUUCUGUCAUUUUUAACAAACGUCCUUUGCUAAAUCGACACAUCAGAGUAUUAGAUCAAGCAUGCCCUUCUCGAUGUGGAAGUGGGCAUGUGAUGGCAGUGCAUUUUAUUUUUAUUUUGAUAUUUUUUUUUAAAUCGAAAAGGUUUGAGAAAAGAUUGCUAUUUAAUGAGCGACCAAAGAGGGACGACUGGGAGAAAAAAAAAGUGUGUAUAUAUUUCUUUUUUUCCCCCAUCAUGCCCUGUGACAUCUUUUAAUAUCUGAAAUGUAAAAGAAACCUCAAAGGUUUAAAUGAUUCAGUUGAUUAGAAGAUACUCUUCUGUCAACUGUAAUUUUGAUACAGUGCUUUGUUUCUUUCUGAUAUAAUUGAGUAUGCAAGCUGUACUUAGUCCUAUGUUUUUAUUUUAUUGAAACUGCCUUUCAUUGUCAACUUGUUUCCCGUGAUCUUUUUUUAGUCUUUCCAGUAACAUUUUUGUAGUGGAAAUAUUUGUUUGUUCCUGUUUUUUUUUAAAGUUACACUUUGCUUUUAAUUUGGUUCAUUGAAUUUGAAAGUUACAUAAACAUGACUAAAUACCAUUCCAACUUG